AUGCCGAGAAGCAACAACAAAUUGGGUAUCUUUGGAGCAAUCAGUUACAUUGCAGGAUCGAUCAUUGGAGCUGGCAUUUUCGUUUCUCCAAAAACCGUUCUCGAGCAUUCCGGCUCGAUCGGGCUCUCACUUCUUUGUUGGCUGAUUGGAGCGGUGAUCGCUCUGCUAACAGCUUUGGUUUACAUCGAAUUGGCGACAUCGAUUCCGAUUAAUGGUUCCGAUUUUGCCUAUAUAAAUUUCGUGAAAUGGAAACCGUUAGCAUUCGCUUUUCUUUGGCUUUCCAAUUUGAUUCAAUCCUCUUGUGUCUGCGCAAUUCUCUUUGAAACUUUUGGCAGUUACAUGCUCGAAUCUCUUUCUCCUUUCAAUUUCGCAUUCACUCAAACGUCACGAAAAUUACUUCAGCAAUUACUUGGUUUCUCAUUGAUUUGGCUUCUUCUAUGGGCGAAUUUCUUUUCCCUGAAAAAGUACGCCUCCAAAAUUCAAAUCGUCAUCACUAUCAGCAAAUUGAUUGCAAUUUCGACAUUGAUUAUCACUGGGUUUUAUUAUAUGAUUUUUAAAGUAAAUCAAUCACAUCUUUCAUUUGAUGUUUUGUGGAAGGACUCAAAAAGUGAUCCGGGCUCAAUCGUUCUCUCAUUGUAUGCUGGCAUCUGGGCUUAUGGUGGCUUUGAUACGCUCAAUUUUGGAACUGAAGAUAUUGAACAGAAAGAUAUUAGAAAAAUCCUCCCAAUCGCUGUGAUUGGUGGUCUCUCGAUUGCUGCAAUCACUUAUCUUCUCGUAAACAUCGCUUAUUUCAUCAUUCUCACUCCACAAGAAAUUCUUAACUCCGAUGUGGUGGCUAGUAAAUUCAGCGAGAAAACCCUUGGCGAUUUGUCCUAUAUAAUGCCUGUAAUCAUUGCUCUUUUAAUGAUCAGUGCAAUCAAUUCCGAUCUUUUUGCCUGGAGUCGCUCGUUACUGGCUGGAUCACGAGCGAAAAUGAUGCCAAAAUUUCUGUCACUUAUCCAUGAGGAAAGCGGAUCACCCCGAGUGGCCCUCUUUUUCCAUGUCUCUCUCGCGAUUUGCGUUUCAUUCGUUGGCCAAAUCGAAACGCUCAUCAAUUGGGCAAUGGUGGCAAGUACAAUGAGCAGUACAACCACAGUGGCAGCUUUGAUUUUUCUCCGUCUCAAGCGAAUUCCCGUCAAUCCACUGGCUAUCAAGUUCCCAAUGCUCAUUCAUCUCACCGUUUUCGUCAUCUCAAUUUCUCUAAUAAUCAUUCCAAUAGUCAAAGAUCCAUCAGGGACAAUCGUUGGAUUUGGAUUAUUUUUGAUUUUUAUUGCCAUUUAUUAUUUGCUUUCUUGGAAAGGAAAUGUGCUGCGGAAAUUAAAUGGCUUUGAAGACAAAUUCUCAUUGUUUCUUCAAGUGAUUUUCAAUAUUGUUCACGAAAAGUCGGAGCUUGAGCUAUCAGUUAAU